AUGGCUGCGGAUUCAUCACUUUGUUUAAGUUCUAAUUUUUUUACUCAGAACAGUAGAAAUAUUGGAAAGUACAGUGCUGAUACUUUCAAACCUGUAAAUAUUGAUUCAGAUAUUAAUUCAGUAGGAACAGUUCAUACUCAGGUUGACUACAUUCAUUGCCUCGUGCCAGAUUUACAUCAGAUAACAAAUUGUAAUUACUACUGGGGUGUGAUGAAUAGAUAUGAAGCUGAAAAAUUACUUGACAACAAACCUGAUGGAACAUUUUUAUUAAGAGACAGUGCUCAGGAAGAUUUUCUGUUCUCUGUCAGUUUUCGUAGAUACAGUAGAUCAUUGCAUGCUAGAGUUGAACAGUUGAAUCAUAAAUUCAGUUUCGAUUCUCAUGAUUUGAAUGUUUUUGCUUCAAGCAGUGUUUCAGGAUUAAUAAAACAUUACAAAGAUCCGUCGUGUUGCAUGUUCUUUGAACCAAUGCUGACAAUACCUCUAUCAAGAAACAAGCCAUUUUCGUUGCAGUUCAUUUGUAGAGCUAUAGUCUGCAGUCGAGUUAAAUAUGACGGUGUUAAUUUGCUACCCAUCCCAAAGUGUUUAAUGGAAUAUUUACAGUAUUAUCAUUACAAGCAUAUAGUAAGAGUUCGACAGUUCUAG